AUGCUUGGUUUAUUUUUCGGAGAUAAUGGACACAGGAACGGCCGCAAGGAUCGCAGAAGCAAGAACUACCGCUGUGAUGACUCAGACUCAGAUUCUGACUACGAGGCUCCGCCUGAACACAAGGUUUCGAGGUUCGUUGGUGGUGUGUCAGAACAGCUGGUGCAACCAUUUGAAAUAGCAACAAAGUUGGUACUGAGCCCACUAGACAACUUGCUCUUCGCUCCUCCUCCCAAGCAUGAAAAGAAGGGUAGGCAGGGGCAGCACCACAGUGGGCAGAGGACGCAGCACCACAGUGGGCAGAUGAUGCAGCACCAAGACAGGGUUAUGGCUUCUAAGCUUACUCGAUAUUAA